CGCGCGCGUCACCGGCAGCCGCGUACGUCCGUACAUCGCAAUACUCAGUGGCCGGCGAAAGUUCGUGUUUUUCGUGUCGACGUCGUAGCAUAGUUUUGUUAGCUUUUCCGCAUUAUUAUCGUGCGUGAUUAUUCUAUAAAUUGUAUAUAUUUUUUCCGAUUUCAUCUCAGAGUGUUUAUGUAGUGAUUUAGUGUUGAGAAAAUUCGUAGAGAGUCUUGAUCGUGCGGUCAUUUGCGUGCGUGCUCGCGCGCGUGUGUGUGUGUGUGUGUGCUUGGUGGAUUUUUUAGUGUUUUUUAAAUUUAAAUUUGGUGAUAUUUUUUUUUCUCGAAAUGACCGACAGCAGCUAUAAUUCGCCUGCCAGGAGUUACGGGUCACCAGCUAGGAGCUUAAAAAUGUUAGACAGGGUAUACGGUUCUCCAGCUCGGUCGUAUUGUGGUGAUCAUUCUUCCGCCACGGAGUCGGAAGGUGAAGAAACGUUGGAGUUAUUAACUGAAAUACCGAGUUCGCCAGACCAAACAAUUUUAGAUGGUUGGUUAAAAUUCAGGGACAACAAGAAAUGGAGACACAGAUGGGGCGUUAUGACAAAACUAUCACCAGCUGCAGAUUGUCUACAUUUGCAACUAUACAGGGACAGUAAAGACCGGUACAAACACGGUCAGACGAAGGCUUCGUUAUCUUUGCAACACUUCUUAGGAGUAGAGUCUGGAUUUACGCUGGACAAAGAAUCCAACACGAUAGCUAUUAUUUGCCAAGACGUCACUGUUGUACUAGCGUUCGAUACCCGAGAAAGACUGAUACAGUGGCAAGUUAAGAUAUCUUCAAACCUGGGAGACGACCAACAGUUUUUGAUUCAAAUAUCAUCCUGUCCUCCCAAGUCAAAAAUAUCCGCAGGACCUGCCAGAUUACACAUACAAGACUUAAGAUUCUCAAUGACGACUGGAGUACCCCCAAGAUUAGCUGGUGUUUGGGAACUUCGACACUUAAGAAAAUAUGGAGUUAUUGAAAACCGGUUUUGCUACGAGGGUGGUUCAAGGUGUGGCAAAGGUGAGGGCUUAUUUGUGUGUUUCACCGACCAGGGAGACGACAUAACUAGAUGCAUGAACUUAGCAGCAGAAAGCAAAUUGGCUACCAGAAAAAGGGCGCUCUCUAGAAAUAUGUCGGUUUUAGAAAGUCCGUCCAGAAGAGGUCUCUUGUCUCGCUUAGAUUCUAGAGCUUCAGAGUACGGUGCUGAUCAAAGUUCGUUCAAUCAACAUUCUCACGACAGAAGUAGUGAAGACAACAUGUGUUGGCCAUCUAACGAAAGUCGACUAGAUAAUUCGGACUUUGGGGACACGGCGUCUGUUGGAGAUUAUCAAGAUCAAAACUUACAGGAGUGCACAUGGACCCCAGAAACAGCUUUGGAACGAUGUGCCAGCUGUAUAAGUAAACUUGGAGCUUUGUCUCGUUCUUCGACCAUGGCUAAUACCCCUGGAAGCAUGGGCUUUAAUCCAGCGUGGACUAUGGACAACAAUGUAUCGUCGCUGAAUUACAUACCAGAAAUGAAUAACGGACACCAGUGUUGCGGAUAUAUGUCGUCGCAGAGUAGCAGCAGUGGCGGAAGUGCCGGAUGCAGCUCUGUGUGUGGUACCGAGUAUUCUGUACCUAGAAAAGUAUGCGGCUCCAUGACUGACAAAAUGAACAAAAUUCAAUCUGAAACGUGUGCACCGAACAGACCACCGAAACCAGUACACCUAAAGCCAGAAACGAGUACGCCAGUGAAAAAGGCUCCAAUGCCUCUACCUCAGCAGGAUACGAUAUGUGUAUGCCGGUGCACUACAUUGGACAAAUCUAGACAAUCCUACCUCAAUAAUUACGACACUCCUAAGAUUAUGUGCCCAAACACAAAACCGAAUAAACCGUACUCGUCCAUACAAGAUGAAUACUACGACACGCCGCGGAACAUCAAGUCCUCGUUGGAAGUUAACCCCUACGGAAAUUACGAUACGCCUCCAUCGCCCGUGGCCGUUCAUAAAAAAUCCAAUGCCGGCACGCCGAAACAAACAGAUAGCCCGCAAUGCACCGGAAUGUGCCCUUGCCAGAGAGCCAUGACUUGUUGGUCUCAUAAUAACUGGAUGACGAUGCCUCCUCGUUGCAGACGAAGUAAUCAUCUAACCGACAAUCAGAUACCAAAUUUUACCAACAAUUGCAAACACAACGGAGCAAUUUACGCGACCGUGGACGUUUCGAAGAAAAAGAAGCACGCGGAACCACUGCCACCCCCAUCGUCAAGCAACUACAUGAACUUGGAACCAGCCGGUGGUGGUGGCAAACAGCAACAGCCAACGGCGGCCCAUAACGGCCGAAAGCCGACGGAAAACUACAUGAACUUGGAGUUUAGUGAAUCGCUAUGCUACUACGAAAACGCCAAAAACGUGUUGACCAAGGCGGGCCUGUCAAACGCCUGCGACAAGUGCGGCCAUCAGAAGCGUUGUUCCGGCGGCGGCGCCGACGAAAAGGGUGACUACAUGACCAUGGAACCGGUCAACGGUCGGAUGGUGGAAACGAAGCGUAACCAGUUCCCUGGUUACUUGCCCAUGAGUCCGACGGCGGCGGGCAACAACAACAACAACAACAACAACAAUAGUAGCAGCGGAAAUAACAAGCAGCAGGACAUGUUGAAGAAUAUAAUGAACAGGGGCCUAGCCGAAAAGUCGGCCAGCAUACCCAGCCUGAACGAGUACAAGUCUACAGCGGCGACGGCCAACGGCAACGACUGGAAAAACGUUGGGGGGGCGGCGGACGAUCCUCAUCGAAGGCGGUCCAGCUCGGCAGACUCUUCGAGGUGCGACGACGACGGGCUGACGUGUGGCAUUGGCGCCGACCGGUCAAGCCGUGGCGCUGGUUGUUCGGAUCACACUUCGUCGGCCGAGAGCAUGACCAGCCAGAUCGCCAAACGUCCCACGGACGCCACCUCGGCGGGCGCCACGUCCACCGCCUCGACGGUGUCUGACGGCAGCGUGGCCGCGGACGAUCAACAGACCGCGCUGGUGCACAUCCGACGGUCGUCGAGCGUUCCGUGCAAGAACAACCGCGACUCGUCCAGCUCCAACGAUUCGGGCGUGUCCACUGGUUCGCUGCGUUACCGAGGCGCCGACUUUGCCGAGUUCGAGUUGCCGCUGACCACGGCCAUGUCGACGAUGAGGCACAGGCGCACAGUGGCCGCGGCCACUGCCGCCGCCUCCGGUGGUUCCGCGGACGGUUCCGUCGACUGCGGCGGCCGCGUGACCGUGACCGGUUGCGUGCACGGUUCGCUGCCUAGGCGGUCCAAGUCCACCGACCGGCUUAAGGAGCUUAGCUUCAGGUUUCAAAAGUUCGCAGGCACCAUGAAAUCGUCGUCGGCCGGUGCCGAAGUACCCGUGUGCUUGAAAAAAGAUAAAGGGUUUAACGUGGAAGGAAACGCGGGCGUGCCGUUUUUGGACUCGCAGAGCACGAGCAGCUACACGUCGGACAUGAGCGACUACAUCGAAACGCUGUCGUUGUCGUCGCACAGUUCGUCGGACACCGCCAACAACGAAAACCCAAGGUGCGGUAGACCGGCCAAGACUACAUUGAAACCGCGGUCCGGCAAGGAAUACCAUCAGAUCGGAUUUUUUCUGGACGGCGACCUGAAGGUCAAAUCCGAUAUACCACCAGUUCCUGAAAAGACGGAAACCCCUUCUCCCAGGUAUGCCGCAGCCCAAGAAAGCAACGUCGUCUGAUGACACUAGGAGAAGUAUUGCAUCCAAGAAAGAUGUUGAACGAUUAUUUUUCCGCAAUCAAUAUAAGCAUUUGACUUAUUAUUACAGAAGGGACGAAGAUGGAAAUACAAAGAUUGAAUUAAACUGUACAUUGUUAAAAUUUACUGAAAAUAACAUAUCACAACAUGUAUAAAAUACUACUGUAAUAAUAUACUUAAAUAUUAAUAAUGUAAUUUUAAAGUGUUGAAUUUAAGACUGCCAACUUAAAAAAUGUACUAUACAUACAAAAAAUUAAUAUUUAUGUAUUCACACAUUUUUGAAAUGAAAUAUUAUAUAUUUAUUACAAUAACGGUUUAGUCUACUAAGAACUAGUCAUCUAUAGUCAAUUUAA